UUUAGCGACUCUAGAGCUCAAAACACGUCUAGAAUUUUGGCCGCCUCCACCGGUCUUCGCUGGUCCACUGUGCGGCGCCCCGCUGAAGUGGGGGGCAAGGUGGUGCUUGGGAGCUGCAGGGUGCUGGAAUGACUUUGGCCGUGCUCGCCGCCAUGGACGCGAAGCAGGAGGACCAGGACGUGCCGCAGGAUGCGCCGCAGCCAGAAGAACACCAGGCAGCGGCCGAGGCCCCCGCCCAGGACGACGCCGAGCAGCAGCAGCAUUUAGAGCAACAACAACAACAAUUAGAGCAACAACAACAGCAUUUAGAGCAACAACAACAGCAACAACAACAACUUGAACAGCAGCAGCAAGAGCAAGAACAGCUAGAGCAGCAGCAGCAGCUGGAGCAGCAGCAACUGGAACAGCAGCAACAACAACUAGAGCAGCAGCAGCUUGAGCAGCAGAUGCAGCUGCAGCAGCAGCAGGAGUCGCGGCCCGCCGUCAUCACGCGGCGCCGCAACCUGGUGCGCACCAUCACGACGGCGGGGCUCAUCACCGAGGCCGAGGCGGAGGACGUCAGCGAGGACGCGCAGGAGGGCCGGGAGCGGCAGCAGACCCCCGGCAGCAGUCCCGGGGACGCGAGCCGCGCCAACGCCGAGGUGCUCGUCGAGAGGCCCGUGGACGCGGCGGGCGAGGCGGCCGCCGGCCACCCCGAGGAGCAGUUCGUGGUCCAGGACAUGUCCACCAUCGCGCUGGACGGGCGCGCCGGCGUGCAGGUGGCACACGAGUACAGCUUCCUCACCACCACGGGGUCGCCCGGCGAGCAGCGCGUCGUCCUGGUGCCCGAGCGCGGCUACGUGGGGGACUCGCGCUACGCCUACACCAUGGUCAGCAUGAUGCCGGAGGACAAGCUGGACACCGGAAUCCUGCAGUUCACGUCCAGCGAGCCCCUGCCCCGGUUCCCGCACAUCGCCAAGGGCGCGUCGGCGGCACCCCACCACCCCCACCACCUGCACCACCACGCGCUGCCCCCGCUCGACCACCACCAGCGGCGCUACGGCACGCAGGGCCUCGUCCCCGGUUACCAGGAGAUGUCCACGCCGCCGCCGCUGGCUCCGCCCCACCAGCUCGACGUCGAGGUCGGCGGCAACGUCCCCGGCCAGCAGCACCUCGUGGAGGGCUACGUGGUGUCCACCUCGCUCAAGUACGAGCACGACGAGCAGGAGGAGCACCAGCAGCUUUUGCCGCUGCCCGCCGCCACCUACACCACGCUGGAGUCCGGCGGUAGGGCAGAGUGUCUGCCCGGUGCCGGGGAGGCUGUCUACACGCGGGUCAACUAUAUGGAGGGUCCGUGGAAGGUACCCGAGGCCGGCGUCGACGCCAUGACCACCUCCUCCUCGUACUCGCCGAACACGUCGCCGGUCCACCUCAAGGCAGACCCCACCCUCACCACCUCCACCAGCUACUCCCCCGCCUACAAGCACUACUCGCCCUACAUUCAGGGGUCCGCGCACCUCGGCUACGACUCGGCCGAGUCCCCCACGCCGCAGGGCGGCCUGUACAGCAACGGCGGCGCGCCGCCGUACUCCGUGUCCGCGUCGACGGCGUGGUCCGGGUCGCCGCAGCCCGGCGAGGCCUACGUGUUCCACCAGUCACCGGGGCUGUCCGGCGCCGCGGGCCUCCCCUCCGGGGCCACGUCCUACCCCUACUCCGGGGACGCGUGGACGCUGGCGGAGGACGGCUACGACUCGGGGCACGGCCUGGACGUGAAGGAGUGCGUCAACUGCGGGGCGCCGCACACGCCCCUGUGGCGGCGCGACACGGAGGGCAACUACCUGUGCAACGCGUGCGGCCUGUACAACCGGGUGAACGGCGUGAACCGGCCGCCCGUCCGGCCCAACAUCAAGAAGACCGCGCCGGCCGUUAGCCCCCAGACAGGCAACCGGAGGAUGGGGGUGAUGUGCGCGAACUGCAACACCACGACCACCACGCUGUGGAGGCGGAACAACAAUGGGGACCCCGUGUGCAACGCCUGCGGCCUCUACUACAAGCUGCACGGGGUGAACCGGCCUCUGACCAUGAAGAAGGACAGCAUACAACAGAGGAAGCGCAAACCCAAAAACCCCGGUUCCGGUAUGGGGACACCGCCAGUAAAGCAGGAGGGCAAACCCGGCGCCGGCAUGCACCCGAAAAUGCUCAUGUCAGACGGGUACCCCACCAGCCCCGGGAUAUCCGGGGGGUCCAUGUCGCAGUACGGGGCCCCCAUGACGGGGGCCUCGGUGGGGUACGGGGGCCACGGGCAGGGCCACGCCCUGGGCCACGCCUUGGGCCACGGCGCCCACCUGUCCCUCGGCCACCCCGACGGCCACCAUGACGGGGCUCAUGGCGCGCACGGCCUGGGCCACGGCCUGGGUCACGGCCUCGGCCACGGCCCGGGCGUGGAUGGGUUGGCACUGCCGCCGUCGGGCGUGCUCAACAGGCACCUCAUGUCACACGUACCGCCGCUAGAGCACAGCACAGGCCGGUCUCCUGGCAUCGUGUCGGCCCCGAGUAGCGUCAUCACCUCCACGGGCCUGAGCGGCCUGCACCCUGGCGGCGACCGGACGAACCACCACGAAUGAGGCCUCGACUCGGCGCUAGAGGUUUACGCCGCCACGCCCUGCGCGCGCCUGCUCGGUGGCGCCUCCCUGCGGCCAAGCCUCGCACCAGUGCAACGUACCGAUGGUACCGGCCGUACCGACGGUACCUGGGUGGCUGGCCUGCACCAACAAAGAAUACGAAAAGUUUCUGAGGAGGGCUCAGUGGGUACUGCAAAAUCCACCCAAAGUCACAACACGAGUUUGGAGAGAAUAUUGAACGGACUUGUAUUAUAUAUGCUAAGGACUUAAUUUAUAACAAAAAAAUUAAUACGUUUAAUAGGUUACUGAUUGUAUGACACUCUUUAAGUUUUGGGGCGCGAGCCCUGCUAGUCCCUGUGAUUAAUAUUACAGCUAACGUCCAAUCCUGACUACUUUAAUGUAAUGAUAACUGUGUACAAAUGAGAAUAAUCAAGCUUCAUCAUUGUUCUGUCUUUCAUCAACUUCGUUACCACGUGCAGCUUGAUUUAUUCAUUUAUUGAACAAAAUGUUUUUGUGUCUAAGACUUUGACAUUCAUGGAAAGCCUGGAGUGUAAAUAUAUUUUGUCUUUUUAUUUUAUGCAAA